UAAACAAUUCGGAGAAAUGUCAAAAAUUACAAUUGGAAAAAGAAUGAAAACAUCGUGAAGUGCAGCAAAAAAGCCAAACAUCUGAAUUUUGUGUGCGAAUUUUUGUUUGUUGUUUUAUUGAAUUGAAGUAUUUAUUCGAAAACUGGGAUUAUAAUACAAAUGGGAAAAGAAGUUAAUGAUGUAAAACUCGCGAAACUUUGGGGCAAAUAGUGAAAAUACCACUAAAAAUUGCGCAAUAGCGUGUGAGAUGUUGAAAAAAAACUGUAAAGAAGACAACAACACUCAACUAAACGAAGCAAGAACGAGCACCAUUAAAACCCAACAUUAGUGGGUGCAUACCCUCCUCAUAAGUGUUAAAUCAGACACCAAUUGUGAUUUCUUUUUAAAUUUAAACAUAUACUAGCACAUAAAUUUCUAGAAAAUUUUGACACAACUCUGUUAGAAGGCGUUGUGUUUAGCACAGGUGUGGAGUGUGUGUGGGCGUGGAAGUUCUACAACGGCUUACACCACUCUCUUCAUUAUACAUCAGAAAACGUGCUAACUAAGAAAGUAACUACUCAGUUAUGGAAGUAAAAGAAGUUUUAAAUCGUGAGGGACGUGAUGCGAAAAAUUUGCUUGUCUAUCAAUUUUGUGAAGAGCAACCACCCGCCGAUGGUUGUCCAAAUGUUACUGGUAUUACCUCACCGUCAUUAAAUAUACGUAAACCACCAGUAGCACCUUCCAAAUCGCCAAACUCGCUCAAGAAUGUGCUAUCGCCAGUUCGUUCAGCAAAAAUGUCGAAUACAGGACCGCGUGUGCGAAGCGCUUCAACGGGACGUGACAAAAAGUCGGAGCUGCAGGCCCGUUAUUGGGCUCUGUUAUUUGGCAAUUUACAACGUGCUGUUAACGAAAUCUACCAAACGGUCGAAUGUUGUGAGAACAUUUCGUGGUGCCAAGAGGCGAUUCUAGUGCUAGAAAAUUAUGUACGCGAUUUUAAGGCGUUAAGUGAGUGGUUCAAAGUUUCUUGGGAUUAUGAGUCACGUCCACUGCAACAGCGUCCGCAAUCACUCGCAUGGGAAGUGCGUAAGAGCAAUCCUGGACCACGUGUACGAACAAAAAGUCUAACCAGUCCAACCAUGUCGGGCAAAUCAAGUCCAUUAGCUUGCGUAUGUCCGUCAGGAAAAUCAUCACCUUGUUGUGGUGCUGCUAUGGGUGAUGCAACAUCGCCACGCAAGAGCUUACGUGCAUGUGAUCCGCUUCCAAAGGGAGCUAUGCGUGUAAAUGUACGUGAACUGUUUGCACCAAACAAAGGUAGAUCCACAAGUGAAAGAUCUUCAGAUGCAUCUGAUCAAAAGAAGUGCAUGGAGAAUGAACCGGAACCAAAUGUAGAAGCAGAGCCAAUAGAGCUGCCAAAUAGGUGCCAUCAGUAUGCACAAACAGAUCUCGAGGAUGAUCAUUUGACAUUGGCAGAUAUCAGAAUAAAAGUCCAAAGAGAAGCUGAAGAACGACAAAUGGCUGAACAAGCCGAGCAGGAGCGUUUGCGACAAGAGGCAGAGUAUCAAAGGCGUCGCGAAAUGGAACAACAACAAUUGGAGAAGCAGCGUGAACAUGAGCGCUUCGUCGAAGAGCAAAAGCAACGUGACUAUCAGUCACAGUACCAACAAAGACAGGCAAAUGAGGAGUCAAAACAAAACUGGGAACAAACCCCUUUGUCAAAGAAAGAUAAUAUUAAACUAGCUAAUGGUAAUGGAUCUAACGCACUCAAUUCCGAAGCCACAUAUUUUGCUAUGCACCGCGAGCCGACUGCACUUGAGAUGACUGUGCAAAAACUGAAUCAGAUGGAAAACGAAAUACUUCAUAAAGAUGCCAAUAAAAUGGCCACACCGCCAACCACAGAACUUAAGAAAGUAGAACCGGUAGCUGACAACAAGGCGGUACCAAUGCCCGGAGCAGAAUCUUCCAAAAAAGCAGCUGCUGUGGCACCUGCACAAAAUGGUCCCCUUAAGUAUUCCAGCGUGCUGAACCGUCCUGCCACAGUGCGGCCUGUAACUUCAAAUGUAUCAAAGCCAUCAACAAUUCGUUCUUCAGUCAAUGUCGCCGCCGUGCAUAAGCCUGUCAUAUCACAGAAGCCCAACGCUAACACCAGCUUACGACGUUCCGCCACAACUGCUGCGGUCACAAAAACUGCACAAACACGUUCAUCAACUGGCGGUGCUGUUUUUGGAUCUGGCUCAGGUGCACGUCAAAUGGCGCCACGCCCGUCCAGCAAAACGGAACAAUAUGGUCCACCAACGCACGUUGCUUCAAGGUUGUCGGCGCGUUCGCGUACUAUGAUUGAAAUGCAGUCUAAGGAGCUAAAGACACCACGCGCCGGCCAAACACAACCGUCACAACGGUAUGCGCAAACAGCCGCGUCAUCGCGCAAAUCAUCCCGUGAAGAUAUUGGCAGCUCAAGCUCAACGCUCAAAGCCAGUAACGAACACAUAACCUCCUCUAGAAGUAGUAUAUCGCAAGGGGGCACAGCUGUGGUGCAAAUAGAUGAACGCCGCUCCGAACCAAAGCAGUUGCCUUCAGAUGCCAAUGACGGCUGGCUAACAGUGAAGAAUCGUCGACGCUCUAGCAUGCAUUGGGCCCAUCGCUUCAAUCAACCAACCGGCUAUGCCAGUCUUCCAACCUUAGCUCUAUUCAAUGAGCAAUUGGCGGAGAGUGAUGAGCAUCAACGUAACAAGAAAGCUGCAGCGAAGAAAUCGCCGGCGGUGGAAAACAACACAAACUGCACAAACAAAACGCAAGUCGCCGUGAAGCAACCGAAAGCGUUCAAGGCUUCAAAAGGCGAUGAAAAACCGUCGAAAAGUGCGACGCGUCCUGAGAUAAAGAAUGCCAAAGCAAAGGUAAAUUCACUGCCAACACAACGUAAAAACGCCCCAGCCGCUACCGCUGCUGCGCUAGUGCCCACAGCGCCACACAACGCUGUAGGUGCUAAUGGCUCUAGCUCAGCUCGCACCACGAAUGUGCCCACACGCGAGGCGAUUAUCAAACGACAAAAGUCUGAUUUGACAGGUUUGAAGAUGACAUCGCUGCACAAGGAGUAUAUGCGUAGUGAAAAGUAUGCCCAACGCAAGCAGAACGGACGAACCGGCUCACUGGAGAGUUCGACAGCCAAUUCGACGGAGACCGUAGUGGAUGCGAGUGAUGAAACUGCCGACAACGAAAAAGCUGCCGAAAACAUUGAAUCCGUCGAUCAAAAUAAAAUCGAUAUCAAAAUCCAAACUAAUCGUGAUUUUUCCAAAACCAUUGGCGAUCUAUACGAGAGUAUAGCGCAAACUGCAAAGGCUGCUAACUUUGGCUGCACUAAUAUAGAGUCCACUAGCGGCGCUUGCAAACUCUCUAGUUGUGAUGAGAGCGAGGAGACUUUCGCCAGCGAAACCGAUUGUGAUGAAGAUCAGCGCAUGUUGGUCGAAGAACAGGAAUCAUUGGAGCGGCAAAUUCGUGAAUUGGAGAAUACCGAAAUCGAUGUGGACACCGAAACAGACGAGACUGACGGCGAGGUGGCUAUGGACCAUGAACAUGAUUGCAGUGAAACUGUAGAUCAAUUACUCGAUGAUGCCUCCUCAAUUGCUUUUCUACCCACAGGCGAGGAUGGUGCCGAUUCCGACCUCAGCUUGGAAAUGCGCUACCACGCACUGCUCUCGGAGAUGUCGCGUGUGGAGCGUGAAGAAGCGUUAGCCACACUCCAAGCGUAUGUCGCGCGCCAUCCUGGUCGCGCGCAAGAGCUGCAUCAAAAACUUUCCUCGCCAUCGCGUCGACGCUCGCUACAGGAGACGCUCAAGAAGUACCAAGCGAAACAUACGCGCGCGCAACAAAAACGUGAACAGGUACAAAAGGAGAAAACCAUUAAAAUCCAACAACUGUUGGCGCGCGUGGAAGAUGUGAAAGCGGCCAAACGCCAACUGAUCGAGGAUAAGCGCCUACGGAUGGAGGAUAAAAUGCAACGCGCAGCGGAGAAUCGCGAACAGUAUUUACGACAAAUAGUAGAGAAAGCGCAUGACGAAGAGAAAAAGUUGAAAGAGAUAAAUUUCAUAAAAAAUAUUGAAGCGCAAAACAAGCGCUUAGAUCUACUCGAAUCGUGUAAGGAUGCUGAAGGUCGCUUGCAAGACUUGGAGCAGGAACGUCAGAAACGUCUGGAAGAGAAGGCGGCGCGUGAAGCAGCUGUAGAGCGGCGUCGGCAAGAAUUGGAGAAAGAGCGUCAGCGUAAAUUAGAGAAAAUGAAUGAGACGCGUUUGGAGAAAGAGCAACGCAUUGGCAAAAUGCAAGAGCAGAAAGAACGCCAGCGUCAAGCAUUAGCGCGUGAGAAAGCACGCGAUCGUGAAGAACGCUUGUUGGCGCGUCAAACUCAACAACAACAAACUACGGAAGAAUUGCAGCGUAAGAUAUUGCAAAAGCAACAGGACUCCGCGCGGCGACACGAAGAGAAUAUCGAGCAUAUACGUCAACGUGCGCUAGAGUUAACACUGCCCACCCGCAAUGUGGAUGAGAAUGGCGUGCAGCGCAAUGAGAACGGUGAAGUGAUUACUGAAGAUGGUGAUCUGUCGUCCACCGUGUCGGAUGUGGGCAGCCGCGAACAUACACGCGGCUAUAAAAAGAAACUUAAAAAAUUGAAACAACGCAUGGCCCAAAGCGCCGAGGAGUACAUGAAAGAACAGCAACCGGUGCCAUUGCAUAUGAAACGUGAGAGUCAGGUGCCGAAAUAUUUGAAUCUUGUGAGCAAAGGUGGCGGCUCUCAAGGUCUGGAGCGCGCUGUCAACCAGCUGCUGCGUCUCAUGAGCAAAGCGCAAGUAUUCGACUUUCAAUGUUUCCUGCUCAUGGACGGUCUCGGUGUUAUCACCACCAAUGUGAUUAGCAAAAGUAUGGAGGAGAACAAUGACAUUCCAAAAAGAGCUGUUGUGCUCGCUGUGCAACUGUAUCGGAACGCGUGUACGCUUUGCCCACAAAUUGCCCGACAUGCCAUACUGGGUAACACUUUAAGCGUAUUAUUCGAUGUAUUAUUCCAGAGCCUGCAGCUUCCCGAAGAAAAAUCACCGCAACAUCCUGUCGAGCUAUCCACUGAGUUAAUGCUCGCCUGCACGGUAGCCUUGUCGCCGUCCUACACGAAGAAGCACACCCACCCCAAAGUGCUGGAACGCCUACCGGAUCUGAUAAGUUAUGCCGUUAUAAUAGGUCUCAUUGAGAUCCUCUCGCGACGGUGCAUGAAAAUACGUGAAUGCAUUGAGAAUCAUCAAAGUGUGGUGCUCUCGUUGCUAGCCACGCUCGGCUUCUUAACACGUUUCAUUGAUGUUUGUCCGCCAGGACCCACAGAUGCGACGCGUUUCCUGAGCGCAGCAAAAUCCACUGAACUCUUUGGAUCGAUAUCAAUGCUCUAUGCGUGCGUCGUGCCAAUCGGUGAAUGCAUUCCACCGCGUACGGUUUCAUUAGCGGCAGCUACUUUUAAUUUAUUGGUCUCUAUGGCGGUGCUAGAUUUGUCGACAUUCCAGGAUGUUAUGUCCAGCGAAACGCUCUCUUUAAAAUUCCUCGAUGUUGUCACGAUUUUGCUCAAAUAUUGCGGCAAUAAAUGUUCGGCAGCCAAAAAUAGUGAAACACAAGCUGUGAUUAUUGAUCUUAUAGCAACAAUAGGUUUCCUUUGUGCCAACAACAAGAAGAAUCAAGAUCUACUCACCUCUGAACAAUGUUCCAUUAUAAUUAAGAGCUUAACCAAAUUACCUGAACAUUUGAAUGUGGUCGUUUAUCCCUGCUUGGUCACAAUAACGUUCCAAAAUGCGAAUGCUCGCAAUGUGAUAGCACGUGAUUUUAAUUUAGAAUUCCUGGAUGAAUAUAGUAAAUCCGAGAAAGCCAAGAAGAAUCACCUAAUUGCUUUGCUCAAGGAGAAGACUUAAAUGAGUGGCAUAUUUUUUCAAAAUAAAAUCGGAGCUUAGCAUUUUGCUAAAAAUUUAUACGCAAUAACACUUCACAAGUGUCAAAUGUGGAAUAUAUACAUAUAUAGCAUGAGCCUUGACUGCCCUUUUUAAAUUAAGAAAAAAAAAAAAAAAAAAAAAAUCAAAACAUAAAUAUCUCUCGAAAUUUUGUAAUGAAGAAAGGUCCUUGACUAUGCUACUUUUAAUAUUUAAAACACCACGUUUGUUAACACUUCAAGCUGAAACACACACGCUGUGAAAAAAUAAAUGAAUUAAUUAACUUAUAUAAUCACAUUAAUUUGAAUAUUAACAAGAAAAAA